CACGUAACGCCAGCCAAACUGGACACCACAGUCCAGCAAGAGACGCCCCCCGGCCAGCACCCACACACCCAUCACCCCCAGCCCGGCCCAGACUCGCCCGCUGCUGCCCAGCCCCAUGCUGGCCCUGCAUCCCAGGGGUCGGCUGCGGGUGGGCACCGUGAUGCUGCGACCAUCACCGACUUGUGCAGCGGCGAUGCCUCCGAGGUGGAGAUCAUCAGCCUGCUGGGCGAGCAGCUGCCCCGCUACACGCUGCGAGCUGACACCGUCUUCGGCUACGAUCACGACGACUGGCUGCGUGCUCGCCCUGGACCCCCAGAGCCCGUGGGUCCCCUCACCCCCCGGCAGAUGGAGGAGACCCUGCAGUACUUUCUCCUCUGCGCUGAGCGGGUGGUCAGGAUGACGAAGACCUACCACGACAUCGAUGCUGUCACCAACCUGCUGGAUGAGAAAGAGCGCGACCUGGAGCUGGCGGCACGCAUCGGGCAGUCCCUGCUGAAGCAGAACCGGAGCCUGACUGAGCGCAAUGAGCUCCUGGAGGAGCAGCUGGAGUUGGCCAAAGAAGAGAUUGCUCAGCUGCGCCACGAGGUCUCCAUGCGCGAUGACCUGCUCCACUUCUACACCACCACCACAGAGGAGAGCGAACCCACCUCUGCCACCUCCACGCCGCUGCGCCGGCAUGAAUCCUCGCUGUCCCUGCAGCAGUACUUCCAGUACGACACCCUGCAGCAGAAACUCAAGAGUCUGGAGGAGGAGAACCAGAAGCUUCGCAUGGAGGCCACCAACAUCGCAACCGAGACCUGUCAGUACGAGGACCAGGAGCAGCAGCUGAUGAUUGACUGCGUGGAGCAGUUCUCCGAAGCAAGCCGGCAGGUGGUUUAUCUCUCCGAUGAACUGACCCGCAAGGCAGAGGACACGGCGCGGCAGCAGGAGGAGAUCAGCCAGCUCCUGGCGCAGGUGGUGGACUUGCAGCAGAAGUGCCGCGCGUACGGAUCGGAGGUGGAGGAGCUCCAGCAGCACUUGGCUGUGGCGAAGGAGGUGCAGCAGCAGCUCCGGACGGAGCUGCGGGACCUGCAGGAGAAGUACGUCGAGUGUGGUGGGAUGCUGCAGGAAGCCCAGGAGGAGGUCAAGAACCUGCGGAGCCGCAGCCUGCCCAACAGCACCGUCAGCCGCUACGGCGCGCCCAGCCUCCUGCCCGUGGACUCGCUAGCGGCUGAGAUCAAGGGGACAAUGAGGAAGCGGACAGACAGCUCCUCCUCGGACUAUAAGAGCUAUCGCCGAGUCUUUGAGACGGUGAAAGCAGUGAACCAGGGGGCCAAAGCCAAGUCUUGCUCCGGGUCUCCGCACAGCGUGCCGGGCUCCAAACAAUUAUCGGCUGCACCCUCCGGAGGGGCCAGCACCCCCCACGCCAGCGGCUCCGGCACAGAGGGCGCCCAGGACAAGGGGGCUGGAGAGGAGCCCCGCGCAGCCCCGGACCAGCAGGACCUGGAGGCAGCGGUGCAGCGGCUGUCGGUGCGGCAGCAGAGCCAUGCCUCGGAGGAGCGCUCCUUCUUUGAGGCAGAGCGGGAGCACAAGCUUUGGCGGCUGAGAGACGGGGAGAGCUCCAGCGGUUUCCUCACCCCCAACGAGAGCAUCAUCUCCACUGGGACCAACUACUCUGGGGGCUCAGAGCUCACCGCUGGCUCUGGCUUUUCUCUCGGCUCCCUCACCUACCUGCCUGACAAACUGCAGAUCGUGAAGCCCCUGGAAGGCUCUGUGACGCUCCACCACUGGCAGCAGCUGGCACGGCCCAACCUGGGUGGGAUCCUGGUGCCCCGUCCCGGGGUGCUCACCAAAGACUUCAGGCAGCUGGACAUCGACCUGGAGGAGGUCUACAGCCUCAACGACCUGGAGGAGGACGAUGUGGACACCAGCUCCUUCCAGCUGCUCCCUACCUCAACGCCCGCCAAAGCCAAGGAGCGCCCCGGGGUGUUCCUCUCUGUUAACAACCUCCCCCAGACCCUGUCUACCUCCACCAUCACCACCUGCCACAUCCUCCACCCCACCACUGAGAGCACCACGGUGACACCCAGUCUGUAUAACGCCGUCGUGCCUUCUUGUGGGCCCCUUGAGAGGCUGAGACCCACCAGCCCCUCGCCAGAACAGUCUUCCCCGAUGCUGGCGCCUGCUCCCGGACACCUGCGCACCCCGAUGGGACUCGUUGGGCUCUUGCUGGCUCGGGGAAUCUCUGCCUCGGUGCCAGGGACCAGGUGGUGGGGGAGGCCCCCCUUGCUCCCCCCUGAGCACACUGACACCUCACCUGGAGGUGGGGGGCAGGACAGACACCCAGGAAGGAGCAGCAUCUUCAGCUUGAACCUGGUGGAGAAGCUGCGGCGCUUGGGGUUGGACAAGGUGGUGGCCAGAGGGGAGAUGUCAUAUAUGCGAGGAGAGCACCGAGGAGCCUGGGGUGCGCUGACGUGACAGUGCUGCAGAGCUCCUGAGCUCAGGGUGAGACACAUCCUUCCUCCUCUUCAUCGCCCAUCCAUGGGGAAAGGGAGAUGGGACGGGCUUUCAGCCUCAGCUCCUGGUGAUGUCCAGGUGGCAGGAGCUUUGCCCUGGCUGCCAGGAUCCAACCCUGCGGUGCAGCGCAGCCCCAGGGCGACGCUCCCCGGGCCCUGUGUUACGGUGUGGUGGGGGUCCCUUGAGCAGAGAGCCGUGUGGGGCGAUGCUCGAGGCUCUGCGGGGAGCCCAGUCUGGGCAGGGGCUGCCGGCUGACCCUGUCCCCCCCACUGUGGGGCUGUGGACACUUCCAGGAGCCAUUUGCUGGCAAUAAAAACUGUUCCUGCUUCUGCUGAGCCUGUCUGAGGAGCAAGGGGCAGCUUGGCCCUUUGGGGCUGUCCGGGCUGCUGCAGUGAAGGGUGAUGCUCAGCCUGGGCUUGGGUGACGCAUGGGGGGACUAACAUGUGCCGGGGUGAGACCCCCACUCUGGGCUGGGCCCCUGCCUGGCACCUGGGCUGAGUUUUAAAGGGAAUGGUGGUUUUAAACUCACUCCUGCCCAUCGAGUAGCAGUAGUAGCAGUACCCUCCAAGCUCAGGGGACACCUGCAGAGGGUGGUUCUUGGGGUGUAGCUGUUGCCCCCUCCAGCUGCACCCCUCUCCCUGAGCUGUACCCUGUCCCCUGUUAAAUAAA